AUGGACGAGUAUGCUCGCAGGAUACCGCCGCCGCCGCCUCACGACAGGUGGUACAGCAGCGGCCGCGAUCGCGACAGGGGGUGGUCGCCGCAGCAGACCGAGCAGCGACGGCCCGCCGAUAAUCUCUUCAAGACGAGGGUCUGCCGCAACUGGGAGCGCGAUGGGACAUGCGCCGACGGUGCGAAUUGUCGGUUUGCGCACGGAGAGCGGGAGCUGCGGGCUCUCGCGCGGGAGCCGCCGCCGCGCGGCAGCUUCUCCGGCAUCGCCGCGCGGCCCGACUCGAAGCUGUUCAAGACGCAGCUGUGCCGCCACUGGGAGCGCUUCGGCUCCUGCAUCGCCGGGCUCGAGUGCGGCUUUGCGCACGGAGAGGCGGAGCUGCGCCAGGGCGGGCUGACUGAGCGCGACCGGUUCAAGACAGACUUCCUGCGCAAGACACGGAUGUGCGCCUUCUACCAGCGCGACGGCUCCUGCUCGCUCGGCGAGAAGCAGCAUGACCCGGCGCUGGGCGGCGACCCGGCGACCCACCGGGAGGUGUAUGUCGCCCGCUACUCGAACUGCUUCCGGGGCGGCUCUGAGGUGAACGUGCAUGCAGAGGCCGUCGCCGCUCGCCCGUUGGCACGCCUGGUCGAGAUUGUGCGAGAGGACCCCGAGGCUGCGCGAGGUUAG